AUGCGAGCGAAUGCGAGCGAAUGCGAGCGAAUGCCCGUCCCGGGAGCCGCCCGCGAGCCCCCCGCCCCAAACGGCGGCGCCCCCCGCGCGCCCCGGGUUCCGCCGCGCCCCCGGUUCCGCCGGGCCAGCGGCCGCUGCUGCCCUCGGGCCGCUCCUCUCCCUCCCUCCCCGCCUCUCUCCUGGCCCCAAACACAGCCCGGAUUGGCAGCCCGGAGCCCGAACCAGCGCCGCAUCCCCGGAGCUCCCCGCAGGCUGAAGCCUCCCCUGACCAUGGUGUGCUCCAGCCCCGUGCCCCGAUCGCCGGGCUCCGGCCAGGGCAGUGCCCAGCCCGACCUGCUGUGGCUGGCCGAGCUGACGGGCGCCCACCUGGGCUUGGCCCCCAUCUCGCAGGACCCCGAGGAUCGCUGCAGCAUCUGGGAGAACCUGGUGAGCCUGGUGGACUUCCAGAGCCCCGGAUUCCCCCUGACCUCCGAGGAGCUCGGCCACUACAUGGACAUCCCGCGCUCGGCCGCGUCCUCGCCGGGCACCGCCAGCGUGGGCCGGGCUGUGACCCCGCCGGGACACCCGGGGGACAUCGACUACAGGACAAACGGCCACGUCAAACCGCCCUACUCGUAUGCCACGCUGAUCUGCAUGGCCAUGGAGGCCAGCCAGCAGCCCAAGCUCACCCUGGCUGCCAUCUGCAAGUGGAUCAGCGACAAUUUCUGCUAUUUCCGCCGUGCCCACCCCAGCUGGCAGAGCUCCAUCAGGCACAACCUGUGCAUCAACAAGCGCUUUGUGAAGGUGCCCCGCGAGAAGGGGGAGCCGGGCAGAGGAGCCUUCUGGAAGCUUCACCCCCAGUACGCCCAAUGGCUCAGGAGCAGCACCCUCAAGGGACACAGGGCCCUGGCAGAGCCCGUGCCACCCUCCAGGCGUGCCCAGCAGUGUCCCCGCCGUGCCCCCAGCCCGGCUGGCACCGCCACCCGCGGGGGGCUCGAGGUGGGCGCGGAGCUGCAGCGGCUGCUGCGCGAGUUCGAGGAGUUUGAGAGCAGCCAGCGGUGGAGCCCCGCGGAGCAGCGCGGGGCCCAGCAGAGCCAGCAGCCCUGGGCAGAGGCGCCCUGGGUGCCCGGCUGUGCCCAGGCGUGCCAGGAGGCGCCGGGCGAGCUGACGGAGCUGAAGGGCAGCACGGAGUGGGAGGCGCUGCUGGAUGCGGAGCCGGGCGAGCUCUGUGCUCUGGGCCAGCCCGGAGCCUUCCCCCUGCCCCCCGGCCGGGCCCGCGGCUGCCCCCAGGCCCUGCCCGAGCCCGGCCCUGCCAAGCCGGGCCUGGAUGAAACCCUGAUGGCCACGGCCUUCCUGGAGGCCGCGUGGCACGACGAGAUGAGGGGCAGCGUGCCAGGCUGCGUGCCCGGGGAACAGGGCGCUGCCAACCUCCAGGGCACCAGGGAGAUCAUGGACUGGGACUCGCUGGCACAUUUAAGGCUCUAUUAG